AUGGACUCCAAGGAAAUCCUAGCAGUCCACUCAACGCUGCAUUUAAUCUUUCACCGCAACAAGAAUCAGCAUCGUCGAACAAAAUGGUGGAAAUGGCUAUCUAUCUUGAAGCGCGCCACAUUGGAUCUCGCCCGAUCGGGGGUAAAAUCCCAUCUAGCCAACCACAUAAUUCCGAGAUGUUACAUCGCCUUUUCGACUGUCGUUGCCGAUAACCAGUUCUCUACCCUUGGAAUCGUGCUUCUAGCUGCCUUGGCGCGACUGUCCAAAAUCACCGGGAUCAGUCAUCAGCUGAAGGUGCAACCUGUCGCAAGCAAGGCCAAGAUCGCUCCAGCUGUCCCAAAGGAGGACCUAGGAGAACGCAUUCGUCGGACUGAUGAUGCGCCACUCAACCCGGUCAAGGUUUUGCAGUCUGAUGCCAAGAUCUCCGAGGUCUCCAAGCCUUCCAAAGUCUCCAAGCAGAAAUCCACGAAAAAACUUACCGAGGACAGUACGUUGAAGACUACAUCGAAAAAGAAGAAAAAGAAGAACGCUAUCGAUGAUUUGUUCAGCGGUUUGUUUUAA